UUAUAAAAAAUUCGCUAAAAUCACAAGAAACCCCAAAAAUUUCAAUUUCCUUAAAAAGGGAAUCCUGAAAAUAAAACCAAAUAUCUUAAACCCUAUAUUAUUAUCUAAUUGGUGAAGAAUAGUUUCCAAUCAAGACAGGGUUGUGACAUAAGCCCUAGAAAUCUCUGCAACGGCAUUCUGUUCCCCCUCCUUUCCCUCCCUCCGGCGAUUAGCUACACCGCACCGUCGUCUGCCGCCGCAACCUCACCGGCGACCACCACAAUUCCUGAUGAGUCUUGUGAAUGAUUCUCCGGUACAUUUGUCAAGCAGUGAAGACUUUGCUGCCUUUCUUGAUGCAGAGUUGAAUUCUACUUCUGACAUAUCGCCUGACCUAGAAGAUGAGGACGAGGAUGACGAUGAUGAUGAGGAUGAUUCUAAGCCCAAUAUUGAGAGGGUUAAAAGGCGGAAGGUGGAGAUGUUGGAAAGCAUGAAGGAUCCUGAGGGUUUGACUCCACACGUAGAAGCAGAAGAAAGUUUAGAAACUUCUGUUAAGAAGGAUAUAUGUACACAUCCUGGUUUUUUUCGUGGAAUGUGUUUACUAUGUGGGCAAGUGAUGGAGGAUGAUGCUGUAGUACGAUUUGGGUAUAUACAUAAGGACUUAAAGCUUGGUAAUGACGAAAUCGCUCGAUUACGGAACAGAGACUUGAAGAAUCUUUCAGGUCAUAAAAAGCUUUACUUGGUUCUUGAUUUAGAUCACACACUGCUUAAUUCAACCCGGCUUCUAGAUAUCAUACCAAAUGAGGAAUACUUAAAGAGCCAAACAGAUUCUAUAGAAGAUGUUUCAAGAGGCAGCUUAUUCAGAUUGGACUCCAUGCAUAUGAUGACCAAAUUGAGGCCCUUUGUUCGCACCUUCUUGAAAGAAGCAAGCAACUUGUUUGAGAUGUAUAUAUACACAAUGGGUGAAUGCUCCUAUGCUUUGGAAAUGGCAAAAUUGCUGGAUCCCGAAAAAAUAUACUUCAGUUCUAGAGUCAUUGCACAAGAUGAUUGUACUCAGAGACAUCAAAAGGGUCUUGAUGUGGUGCUGGGGCAGGAAAGUGCUGUUCUGAUCCUUGACGAUACAGAACCAGUGUGGGCAAAGCACAAGGAGAACCUGAUACUGAUGGAAAGAUAUCAUUUCUUUGCUUCGAGUUGUCGACAUUUUGGCUUCAAUUGUAGAUCUCUUUCUGAGUUGAAAAGUGAUGAAAGUGAUACUGAUGGAGCACUUGCUUCCAUCCUUACAGCCCUUAAGCAGAUACAUAGUACAUUCUUUGACUCAGAACUUGGGGUUAAUCUUUUAGAGAGAGAUGUGAGGCAGGUGAUGAAAACAGUUCGGAAGGAAGUUUUAAAGGGCUGUAAGGUUGUGUUUAGCCGGGUUUUUCCAACUAAAUUCCAGGCUGAAAAUCAGAGUCUUUGGAAGAUGGCUGAGCAGUUGGGAGCUAUAUGCUUGACGGAAGUUGAUUCAUUGGUGACACACGUGAUCUCCACGGACACUGGAACAGAGAAGUCUCGUUGGGCUGUUCAAGAGAAGUUUCUGGUCAAUCCAUGGUGGAUAGAAGCUGCCAACUAUUUAUGGCAAAAGCAACCGGAAGAAAACUUUCCUGUUAACCAAACAAAGAACUAAUAAUAGCAGAUCAACACUAACAUUUCUACUGAUGUUGACAGAUAGCAGAAUUAUUUACUGACAGAGACAUGAAAAUGUAAAUAGAAGUCAUUUUCAUUCAACUUGUGCUCCAGGUGUGAAUUGAGUUGGAUGCAGAAAAAAUUUCCCCUCUUUUUUUGGGAGUUGAAAAUGGUAUUUAAGAUGUGUUUAAUUAGACCGACAGGGAGUAUGAACAUUGUUGUUUGUUGCUAAUACUCAAUUGUUUAAUUGCAUUUGGUCGAUGGCGGUGUUAGUAUA